AUGCCAAGCACAUCUAGAGUCUAAAGCACAAGUGAUCAGCAUGAUCGAUGGCCUUUAGACCCAGCUGUUUGUAUGGGUUGGGCAUUGGUUAAGCCUAGAGCUGGACCUUCCACGUUUACUGACACAGUGAAGAAAUGUUUAACGGUGAAGUUUGACCUUGGUGAGCAGACGGGACAUAAACCAGACCCUCUGCAGGUUUCUAACCAUAUGCACAAAGCCAAAGAUGCACAAAACAAUCGGCUGUUUACUAGAGAAGAAUGGUUGACCAAAAGCCAGGUGCAAGGUUUCUUUCUUCCCUCGCAAUGA